AUGGAAGAGUCUGAAUUUCCUUGUUCCCAGGUCAAAAUACUCUCAGUUAAGAGUCCAAAUUUUAAAGAUAUUAUAGCUGGAUAUGCAAAGCAACUUCAGCUUUCUAAGGCAUCGCUGUUACUUGUGUGCUUUAAGAGUCUGGAGCUUUUGUCAGGAGUGGAGAGUGGUCUAGUAGAGAGCCAGCUGCGCCACGGACCGCAGGGUUGUUUACCGCCUGAGCGCGCGACAACCAGACAGCGAAGCCCACUGCCGGACACCCGCCACGCCCCCUCUCCACUCAGCUCCCCUCCCUCCCCGAAAACUAAUGAAUUCCGGCCGACCUCCUGCCAGACCCUCCUAUUGGCUCCUAUCCUAACCAAUCAGAGCCUUGCAACAGUUUCACCUGGCUCUCACUUCCCAAAUAAACAAACAAACUGUCCCGCGAUUGUGCCAGCUCCGCUCCCUGGCGCCACGGGCGGCGCUGAGCUCCUGAGUAUCCGUCGCUGCGGGCACUCGGAGCAGUAUUUCUUCUUGGAAGUCGGCAGAUCCACAGUUAUUGGACCGGGGGAGCUCUGGAUGCAGGUCGAUGACUGUGUGGUGGCCCAAAACAUGCACGAGCUGUUUUUGGAGAAGAUGAGAGCAUUGUGUGCAGACGAAUACAGAGCCCGCUGCCGCAGCUACAGCAUCAGCAUCGGCGCCCACCUGUUAACCCUGCUGUCCGCUAGGAGGCACCUGGGCUUACUGCCGCUUGAGCCCGGCGGCUGGCUCAGAAGGUCCCGCUACGAGCAGUUUUGUCACCUCAGAGCCAUCGGUGAUGGGGAAGAUGAGAUACUCUCCCACAGGCGCUUCAUAACACCCAGCGAGCCUGUGCCCCCCUCUAGGCGAGGAAGAAUGCACCUGCCUAGAGCGCGCAGGUCCAGGAGAUCGAUUUCAGUGCCAGCCAGCUUUUUUCGCCGCUUAGGACCCAGCCCUGUACGUGCCCCGCACCCUGCAGAAAUCCCCAGCGACAGAGCUUGCCUGUCUUCUGAAGCGUCUGUUUCCGACUCUGGCAAGUCUGAGGAGGAAGACAAUCCUCAGGGCAAAGACAGUCAGGAAGGAAGUGAGGGCGACUACAUGCCCAUGAACAAUUGGGGCGCAGGAAAUGGCCGGGGCUCAGGUGGUGGCCAGGGCUCAAGUGGCCAAGGCUCCAGUAACCAGAGCUCAGGAGGAAACCAGUACUCAGGUGGAAGACAGGGAUCUGGAGGUGGCCAGGGUUCAAGCGGUGGCCAAGGCUCAAGUGGCCAGGGCUCAGGAGGUCAGGGCUCAGGAGGUCAGGGCUCAGGAGGAAACCAGUGCUCAGGAGAUGGCCAGGGCACUGCUGGUGGCCAUGGCUCAGGUGCUGGCCAGGGAGCAGGAGGUGGGUACGGUUCAGGUGGUGGCCAGGGACCUGGAAAUGGCCGGGGCUCACGUAGUGGCAAGCAUUCUGGAGGGGGCAAGAGCUCAGGAAGUGAAAAAGGCUCUGAUGGUGAUGGUGAACGUGGAAAAUCUGUGAAGAAAAGAUCCUACUUUGGCAAAUUAACUCAAAGCAAGCAGCAGCAAAUGCCACCCCCUCCACCACCUCCACCUCUACCCCCAUCUGUUGGAACAACUGGUGGAAAAGGGAAGACUGGGGGGAGGUUCCGACUCUAUUUUUGUACUGACAGAGGGGCCACAAAAGAACGCAAAGAAGUCAGAGAAGUGAGAGAGGCAGAGACCCUAGAAGGUGCAUCGUGUGGUCCCCAGAGAGCCAGAGCUUUUGAUGAAGAUGAGGAUGACCCAUAUGUGCCAAUGAGACCAGGGGUGGCUGCCCCUCUCGCAAGCUCCAGUGAUUAUAUGCCAAUGGCUCCUCAAAAUGUCUCUGCUUCAAAAAAGCGCCACUCUCGAUCACCUUUUGAAGAUUCAAGGGGGUACAUGAUGAUGUUUCCCAGAGUGAGUCCACCACCUGCCCCAAGUCCUCCGAAAGCACCUGAUCCUAAUAAAGAGGAUGACUCCAAGGACAAUGACAGUGACAGUGAGUACAUGUUUAUGCCUCCUGGAGCCGGUGCAAUUCCAAAAAACCCCAGAAAUCCUCAGGGCGGCUCUUCUUCUAAAAGUUGGAGCUCAUACUUCUCCCUGCCAAAUCCUUUUCGGAGCUCACCCUUGGGACAGAGUGACCACAGUGAGUAUGUACCAAUGUUACCUGGGAAGUUUCUGGGGAGGGGCCUAGACAAAAAAGCUCCAUCUAACUGGGGCCCCAAAGAUGCAGCUUCGAAGUCUUCAACUGAGGGCCCAUUCACAAAACCUGGAGAAGGGGGGUCACGUUCAAAGCCUUCAGAUGAUGGGCCCCCAAAGAAUAAGGCUAAGAGACCCAACCGGCUUUCUUUUAUUACAAAAGGAAAUAAAGUCAAGCCAAAACCACAAAAGCCCACACGUGAGCAGAGAGAAGCUGACAGCUCUAGUGACUACAUCAACAUUGACUUUACUAAGAGAGAUAGCAAUCGGCCAGCUCCCCCUACUCAAGGACUGCCAGAUUCCUGGGGCAUAAUUGCUGACCUUAGACAGUCAGCCUUUUCUCAUUACAUGAAUGUUGAGUUCGGAGUGCCAUUCCCAAAUCCAGGAAACCACCUCUCACAUCUUUUAAGAGCUAUACCAGGUGCCAACCCCCUAUCUCUGGACGGUGCUAGGUGGCCACUUCCUCCCAGUGCUACAGGUAGAAAUGCUAAUGAGGAAGAGGGCGACUACAUUGAUGUUAUUUUCAACCCAGCAAUGACACCAGCCGUGCCUUUUGCUGACAGUGCCAUUCGCUAUGAUGCUGAAACAGGUCGAAUCUAUGUGGUCGACCCAUUUUCUGAGUGCUGUAUGGACAUUUCUCUCUCCCCUAGCCGAUGCUCUGAACCACCACCUGUAGCCAGGCUGCUGCAGGAAGAAGAGCAAGAGAGAAGACGCCCACAAAGUCGUUCGCAAAGUUUCUUUGCAGCCACCAGAGCAGCUGUCUCGGCUUUUCCAACUGACAGCCUCGAAAGAGAUCUCUCUUCCUCCUCAGCCUCGCUCGCAGUCUGGGCAGCUGCGCCAACCUUAGCCCUGGGCCGGGCUUUAGCUGCGGCCUCAGCUCUUGCCGCGGCCCCGGGCAUCGGCGCAGCAGCCGCGGGCUUCGAGGCAGUGGCUGGGUUUGACUCCGCCUCUGCCCGCUCUUUUCAACCUGUUGGUAAUGCUGCUGAUGCCUUAGCAGUAAGGGGGGCCCAAGACAUUGCCCCUGGCUCUAACCCUGAAGCCCAACACCUACCUGCAAAUCUUGCGGGAUGUGAGAACGAGGCAGCCAGGGCUGCAGCUCCCCCAGCCCCACCUCGCCGUCGCCGAGUCCCAAGACCCUCAGAGAGAGAAGAUUCUGACAACGAUGACGACACUUACGUGAGAAUGGACUUUGCCAGAUCUGACAACAAAAAGUUCCACUUUCCCAAAAGAGAGUGAUUACAUUGCCACAAAAACACAUUUUAGAAG